GCGGGGGGACGAGGAGUAAGCGAGCUGCACUAGUGGCUAUCGACUCCCAUGGCGGACUCGGGAGCAGCAGGAGGGGGAGACAAGGACGGCGAGCAGACGCGGUACCGCGGGGUGCGGCGCCGGCCGUGGGGGAAGUACGCGGCGGAGAUCCGCGACUCGACGCAGCACGGCGCUCGCGUGUGGCUGGGCACGUUCGACACCGCGGAGGAGGCCGCGCGGGCGUACGAUCGGGCCGCCUUGUCCAUGCGGGGAUCCCUCGCGGUGCUCAACUUCCCCGCCGACGCCCGCGCCUACGCCGCCGGCUCGUCGCGCGGCGGCGGCAAGCAGGUCAUCGAGCUGGAGUGCUUGGACGACAAGGUGCUCGACGAGAUGCUCGAGUUCGCCGAGAAGGAGAAGGGCUGCAAGAAGAAGUGACGAUCGAGCGCGGCGUCGUCGCAGGCACAGAAUAAGCCAAGGCUGUAAUACUUGUAUGUAACUAGGCUGAUGUUUGGGGACAUGGAAAUCUCUUACUACUCCACUCUUUGUGUCAGCGAUCGUCUU